CUGGUACCUCCCUAUAUAACUUUCCACUCUCCUAUUCCAUCUUUUCUCAUCGUCUCAUUCCACUCACAGCCACGCAACCUACAACCUGAAGUUAUCCCCUCUCUCUCUCUCUAUCUCAUCUAAGGAUUUUGGCAGUUCAAUCUGCAAUAAGUGUAGUUAGCCAAAGUGAAGGGUGUGAAGUUAGAAGCUCUUUUUAUGUCUGAGUGGGCAUCUCUUUUUUUGUCAUCUAUUGGGUUGCUUGGAGAGUAUUGUCCUAAGUCUAGGAAAAAGGAGAGACAUUUCUCUGCUAAAGUUGGCUGUAUGCAUCUUGCUCAAUUUCGGGGAUAUAACUCGGACUACCAGGGUUGCCAGUGUAAGCGACCUUUCCCAUUUUCAAAGAAUUUGACCAAUUUUCAAGAAAUAAUCACCAUAAGAGAUACCUUGCACCCCUUCUGAUAAAAUCAAUUGUAGAAUACAUAUUUUGUGGAAAGCAAAAUGGCUUUACAAAAUAUUGGUGCUGGAAACAAGGAUGAUGCCUUUUAUAGGUAUAAGAUGCCAAAAAUGAUAACAAAGAUUGAAGGUCGAGGAAAUGGCAUCAAGACUAAUGUGGUUAAUAUGGUUGAUAUUGCUAAGGCCUUGGGUAGGCCUGCUUGUUACACCACAAAAUACUUUGGUUGUGAGCUCGGAGCCCAAUCCAAAUUUGAUGAAAAGACUGGAACAUCACAUGUUAAUGGGGCACAUGACACUUCAAAACUUGCUGGACUUCUGGAAAACUUCAUUAAGAAAUAUGUACAGUGUUAUGGUUGUGGGAAUCCUGAAACUGAAAUAAUCAUUACAAAAUCUCAAAUGAUUACGCUGAAAUGUACUGCAUGUGGGUUUUUGUCGGAUGUUGAUAUGAGGGACAAGCUCACAACCUUUAUUGUCAAGAACCCUCCUGAACAGAAGAAGGGGUCAAAGGAUAAGAAGGCAAUGAGGAGGGCUGAGAAAGAGCGACUCAAGGAAGGAGAGGCUGCUGAUGAGGAGCAGAAGAAACUGAAGAAAGAGGUUGCAAAGAAGAAAGGCUCCUCUGGUGGUUCAAAGGAUGCGGCUUCCAAAGCAAUGACCAAGAAGAAAGCCAAUGCCUCUGAUGAGGAUCACUCCUCAGUGGGCAGCCAGGCAGAUGAGAAUGAAGCAUUGGUUGUCGAUGAUGAUGGUAACGAUGAUAUCGAGUGGCAGACUGACACAUCUGUGAAGGCAGCUCAGCAAAGGAUUCAGGAACAGCUUAGUUCCAUUACAGCUGGCAUGGUUAUGCUUUCUACCAAUGAAGAGAAGCCAAAGUCGGGCAAAAACUCUCCAGGACGUGAAGAGAAACCCAAGAUCAAUGGACAUGUGAACGGGGUUAAAUCUUGUAAUCCCCAUGAGAAGCUCGUUGACGAGAUCAAGGAAUACCUCAAGCAGGGUUCCCCUGUGGGCCAGCUCAAGUCCUUCCUUGGAUCUCUCUCUGGUACUGCUCAAGAGAUCAUGGAUGCCCUGUUUGAAGCUCUUUUUUAUGGUGUUGGAAAGGGAUUCUCCAAGGAAGUGGUUAAGAAGAAGAAGUUCAUCUUAGCUGCCUCUCAGGAGGAGGGAUCACAGUCAGCUCUGCUUCAUGCUAUUGAGGCUUUCUGCCGGAAAGCAAGCCCCGAGGUGGCGAAGGAGGUUGGAUUGGUUCUGAAAGCACUUUAUGACAAUGAUAUACUGGAAGAAGAGUUUGUUGUGGAGUGGUAUGAGAAGGGCUUGAAUGGUGGUAAUAGGGGUUCCACAAUCUGGAAGAAUGUUCAGCCGUUUGUGGUGUGGCUACAGAGUGCGGAGUCUGAAUCUGAAGAGGAGUGAGCCAGUGUGCACUUCUUCCCAGUCAGGUGUCCAAGCUUUUCCUGCUUUUGUCUUGCAUUUCCCUAGCUUCUUGUUGGUCUGUUAUCUAGUAUUUACUAUUACUAGUGGAUGAUGUCUGGUUUGCAUUGUUAGUCUGAGGAAUAAGCACUUGGUAUGGGUCCGUACAGCAUGUUUGAAGGUAGCUGGCUCUGUCAGUGCCCUGAAAUAAAGUGGAAACUUAGCAGCAGGUGUUUGUUAACUGCCGAGUCUCCGUUGUGUUGCUUCUGUUUGUUUUUACUGGUCGUUAAGACUAUAUUUGACCUUAUUGUAAUGACUUUUAAUGGUUAGUUUCAUUCGGAGUAUUCAUGUUGUGUGUGAUGUUUCUGUUUCCUGUUCCACAAACCGUUGGGGGAUUUUUUUCGUUAUCACGAAUGUUGGAAGUGUUUACUGAGAAUUGUCUAUGAGAUUUGGCAGGUUAUCA